AGGAGAGAGAGAGAGUGAGAGAGAUGGGUAGCUCAAUUUUCACAGUAUCAAUGAAUCAAUGAUAGACCCAUGGGCUACCUCCAAAAUGUUCUUGUCAGGACAAACGCCAUUUCUUCUUUCCAUGUGAUCCUUCCUGGAACGGCUCCCCCUCUUCCCUGUGGCUGUGGCUGUGGCUAAUUCUAUAUGAGCAAAUUCUCGGGGGCGAACGGCCAUGGAAGUGUGAGAACGCCUCUGUUGAAUCGCCCAGUGGGGAGGAAGAAUAAUGACGCCACAGCAGAUGGUCAUUUGACUGACCUUGAGCAUGGGUCUGCAGUUCCGGCUGCAAAUGUGGGAUUCUCUAGAGUGUUAUCACUAGCAAAGCCUGAUGCAGGGAAGCUGAUUCUUGCCACAAUUGCUCUAUUAGUUGCAUCAACAUCUAGUAUUCUAAUUCCAAAAUUUGGUGGGAAAAUAAUUGACAUUGUAUCAAGAGAUACUGAAACACCUGUACAGAAAGAUGAAGCCUGGAAUGCAGUCAAGAGUACUAUACUGGAGAUAUUCUUGAUUGUUAUAUUUGGCUCAAUUUGCACAGCAUUUCGGGCAUGGUUGUUUUCUUCGGCCAGUGAAAGGGUUGUCGCUCGGUUGAGAAAGAACUUAUUCAGUCAUCUCAUUCUCCAAGAAAUAGCAUUCUAUGAUGUUACUCGUACAGGGGAGCUCCUAAGUAGGCUUUCCGAAGAUACCCAGAUCAUAAAAAAUGCUGCUACUACCAAUCUUUCGGAGGCCCUCAGAAAUCUAUCAACUGCAUUUAUUGGUCUUGGCUUUAUGUUUGCAACGUCAUGGAAGUUAACUUUGCUGGCUUUGGCUGUUGUACCGGCUAUUUCUGUCGCUGUACGCAAAUUUGGUCGCUUUCUUCGUGAACUUUCUCACAAGACUCAAGCUGCAGCAGCAGUAGCUGCCUCAAUAGCUGAGGAAAGUUUUGGUGCUGUACGUACAGUAAGAUGUUUUGCUCAAGAAGGUUAUGAAAUUUCACGCUACUCUGAAAAAGUUGAUGAGACGUUGGAGCUUGGACUUAAACAAGCUAAAGUAGUUGGAUUGUUCUCUGGAGGUCUAAAUGCUGCAUCAACACUGUCUGUUAUUGUAGUGGUGAUAUAUGGUGCUAAUUUGACAAUCAUGGGCUUCAUGACUCCUGGUGCCCUUACAUCCUUCAUUCUCUACAGUCUCUCUGUUGGAUCUUCUGUAUCUGGCCUUUCUGGUUUAUAUACAGCAGCAAUGAAGGCUGCAGGAGCUAGUAGGCGGGUUUUUCAGCUUCUGGAUCGUACCUCAUCCAUGCCAGAGUCAGGAAAACUGUGUCCUUUGGGUGAUCAAGAUGGAGAAGUGGAGUUGGAUGAUGUUUGGUUUGCCUAUCCUUCUCGUCCAAACCACAUGGUUCUCAAGGGAAUAACAUUAAAACUGCAGCCUGGUUCAAAGGUUGCUCUUGUUGGUCCAAGUGGUGGUGGAAAGACCACAAUAGCCAACUUGAUUGAAAGGUUUUAUGACCCUAUCAAGGGGAAAAUUUUGCUCAAUGGGGUUCCUCUGGUAGACGUGUCACAUGAACAUCUACACAGAAAGAUCAGCAUCGUGAGCCAGGAGCCUGUUCUUUUCAACUGUUCCAUAGAGGAGAACAUUUCUUAUGGACUUGAUGGUAAAGUCAACAGCGCUGAUGUAGAAAAUGCAGCAAAAAUGGCCAAUGCACAUGAAUUUAUAUCAAAUUUUCCUGACAAAUAUCAAACCCAUGUUGGGGAACGCGGUGUGAGACUUUCUGGAGGUCAGAAACAAAGAGUCGCAAUUGCGAGAGCUCUGCUUAUGAAUCCAAGAAUUCUCCUCUUAGAUGAAGCCACGAGUGCUCUAGAUGCUGAAAGUGAAUACCUAGUUCAGGAUGCCAUGGAUUCUCUUAUGAAGGGCAGGACUGUUCUUGUUAUUGCCCAUAGGCUAUCGACUGUCAAGAGUGCAGAUACUGUAGCUGUUAUUUCUGAUGGUCAUAUAGUUGAAAGCGGCACUCAUGACGAGCUCUUAACUAAGGGUGGUAUCUAUACUGCUCUGGUAAGGAGACAACUACAGGGACCGAAGGUUGAAAUCUAGUUUCAAGCCACUACCCAGCCAUAAACAAGGGAAGAAACAAUUAUUUUGCAGGUGAAGUCAAAUAUUAUCAUUGGGCAAGUGCAUCUUAUUUUGUGUUUUGCAUAAUGUUCAUUGGUCUCUGAUUACUUACUUAUUCAUUGAAGAACAAUUCCACAAAACAGCCGUACCACUGAUUCAGCCAUUUGGGGCUACCGAUUUGCCCUUCUUGUUAUUUCCAGAAUAAUUUUUCCAGUCGGAUGGAUUCUCUGGGCAAGCGAUAUGGUUCUCUGAUGGAGUAAAAAAAUGCAUCAUUUUUUUCGCUAUCUUGUUGAAGCAAACAUGUAGAAUUUCAGAAGGCAUAACUGUAUGCUUGGUAAUUUUUAAGCAUGCAUAGAUGAACAUACUGCACUGCCCAGGUUUAAUAACCUGAAACUUCGCUAGAAGGAUUCCCUUCUGGAGGCUCUCCCGAUUGAUGGGGUAGCAGUCCUCUUGUUGAUUGUUAUGCGUAAACCAUGAUUCUAGAAUAUUUGAAAGAGAAGUGUUGAACUCAGGAAAA